AUGGAUGUAUUCAUGAAAGGACUUUCCAAGGCAAAGGAAGGAGUUGUAGCAGCAGCAGAAAAGACCAAGCAGGGUGUGGCAGAGGCAGCAGGAAAGACAAAAGAGGGUGUCCUUUAUGUGGGUUCCAGGACCAAGGAAGGAGUUGUUCAUGGUGUCACUACAGUGGCUGAGAAGACCAAAGAACAAGUCUCUAAUGUUGGGGGAGCUGUGGUGACAGGAGUGGCAGCAGUGGCCCAGAAGACAGUGGAAGGAGCAGGGAAUAUUGCUGCAGCUACUGGAUUGGUGAAGAAGGAUCAGUUGGCCAAACAGAACGAAGAAGGUUUCCUGCAGGAGGGAAUGUUGAACAAUACAGAGCUUCCUGUGGAUCCUGAGAACGAGGCUUAUGAAAUGCCUCCAGAGGAAGAUUAUCAAGACUAUGAACCUGAAGCAUGA